AUGGAAUCCGACGAUAGCGCUGCAAGUUUCUUUGAAGACCCUGUAUUUCUGGAAGGUGGUGCAGAUGAACUCGAAACUCAACCGCUCGACUUCGACGACGAACAUGUAGGAAUGGCUCAAAGUGGAAGAGAAAGCCCUUUUAUUGAACAACUGCCUCCUACGCCACCUCCACAAUUAACUCAUGUAGUGGAAGCCCAACUACCUGCGCUCCCGACAACACCAAGCAAAAUUGCUCAAUUCGCGAGCAAGAUGGGGAUGGUAUCAGAUCCAAAACGCCAAGAGGUCCACAAUCUUAACGAUGCCACAAGUGAAGAACAACAACCUUCGACAAGUGUCUUGAAAAGGAGCUCAAAGAUCACUCUGAGCCCCUCAAAGACAAUUAAAAGAAAGAGGUUGGGGUGUGUCGAUGCAGUUAGCACUUUUGUGUUCAUGGACUUCGAAACCACAGGAGGGUUUCGUGGAGAUAUGGAUUCCAACAGACGACAAGUGGAAGGGAGACUGCGUGAUCCACAAGAUUUCAGCAACUCACUCAGUGCAGUGAUACUGGAAACUCAACGAUCUGAAUACCCACGAAUCACUGAAAUGUCUUUUAUUAGUGUUCCUCGUGAAAUGUUUAUAAGAGGACAAGCGAAGAUGAAGGAACUUUGCGAUUCGGGAUAUGUUGGGAGUCUUCGUGUGCGAAUCGCGGGAAAUGUGCAUACACGUCAGAUAAAUCCGGAGCUGGAUGAACGACAGUGGAGCGCUUAUGAGGCGUCACGCAUAGAGGGGAAAAGCUGUCUAAAUCACUCUAGAGAAGAUCUCAUCCUUAAACAAACUUUUGCACAAGAAUGGCCAGCUGUAAGAGCAUUCCUCGAUUCAUGUCCGAAGCCAGCCUGCCUAGUUGCUCACAAUGGCGUAUGCUUUGACUAUCGCGUGCUUUACGGCGAAAUAUCGCGUUGUGGAUUCAUUGAGAAGGAUAUGGGAGUGCCAGACGGUGUUGUUUUCAUCGAUUCAUGGUUGGCUAUCAAAGAAAUCGAAGAAACACAUAGGAACGAGCUUCACCAUGCAACCAAACUGGUGGAUUGGAAAAUGCUGUCGGAUCAAGUUUCUCUUAGCCGUGUUCCCGCUUGUGAGGACAUUCCUGCUGCGGUUGAAGAAGAGCCAGCAUCGACACAAAAAGUGGCAGAAGAAAUGAAUGCGACUCUAAAUCUGGCUCAACAGCUCCCGUGCGAUCCACGGACUCCCAACCGGCCACCGCCUCCUCGCACAACUCGCAGCGAGCCAGCUAAGCUUGGUGGUCGCCGUCGCCUGUUCGAUGAGGAACUCCAGCAGAUUGACCACCCACUUCUUUUUCUGAAUGCUGAGGAAUGGUCUCCAGCAAAAAGACGUCGUAUUCGUCCAGAUUUUUUCAAACGUCUGAUUGGUGGUCGCUGGGAAUUCAAUCGGACCGUCGCACAAAUGAACACUAGAAACAAAUUGACAACUAUUUAUGAGACGGUUCUUAAAGAUGAAUACAACGCACACUAUGCUCAAGACGAUACUGAAGCUUUGUUGCAGGUAUGCCUCGCUUACGGUAAGGAAUUUUUGGAUUACGCCGACAACAGAGCUGCGGAUUUUCCUUUUUAA